UGACGUUCUGUUAUCCAUGUCCUUGUUUGAGAUCAACUCGUCUGUUCCAUUUGUAGGGCUUACUCUCUUGCCUCAAGAUUAGGUGGGCGGAUGUUGAUUUUGUGCAAUGUGCAGGAUCUGCUUUGCGUUCACUACCCUCUUUUGCAAAUUAAGGGCAAGUUAAUCCCAUUUUGUGGGUGUUCUGAGGUAGUCGUACGCACCGAUAGGGUGCUGGAUUCUCACUUCUGGAGGCUAUGUGGUUCGAAUUUCAAAGCAUUUGCGCCCCUACGAUUGGGAUGGAACAGGGUCGAAUGCUCUUGCAAGCACUUCUCUAUACACUGUCGACUUUGUUACAGCCCUGCACCAGACUCAUUUAAUGUGGUCCAACCGCUUUAUGUUGUUUGCUCUGACGGAAAUGGAUCUUUUCAAAACGAGAAUGGCUACAAUUCAGGAAGCCCAGAAAGUGCUGUGCGUCGGAUCGGCUUCGCUGUCCAACUUUUACAGUCUCUGACUGCCGAAAGUUUCUUCUCGGAAUAUGGUCAAAGAUACACAUUUGCAUGCAACGAGGAUCGGGCCGAAUUAAUCUGUCGCUUGCAUCGUUCCCGUCUUACAUGUACCGAAAUAUACAGCAGUCAACCUAUCGAUGUUUGGUCCAAGCUAGCCCGUGAGCUAUGUAAUGCCUAUCCUCAAGCGUUCAUGAACACGAAGUGGAUAGCUUUCAUGGCGGAUACUCGGUAUACCGCUCCAGAAUCCCAGUCCAACUUAACCUACCAAGAGUUGAGCAAGUUUGCAAAGGCGCACUUCGCACUCGGUGCUGGGGGACUGGCCUUACUUGGCACGGCUACCUUACAUGCCUGGCCGGAGGACUUGGGUUCCCUCAACACGGCAUUAUGGAAUACGCGGCGCAUAGACCACUCGACAGUCAUGGAUGACACAGCUUACAGGCACACGUAUUGGGCCGCGUUUGCAACCGGUCUUGGCAGUGUUUGGCACGAGCUGGGACACUGUCUGGGUUUGGACCAUUCACUCGAAGGCAUCAUGAAUCGCGGUGGGGAUGAUGUUCAUUUGUGUAUCGCCUUCCCCCCUACCGGCUCGACGUGUGGGCACGGUUGUGACAAGUUAGGACCAAUGGUGUCAACCAGCGACGUGGAUUUUAUCCCUUUACGGCUAAACCCAAGGCCUCCAAUGCCCACCGUGCUGCAACAUGAACGCUGCAUUCUGAGACAUCAGCCUGAAGCAGCAGACACGGAUCGACCUAGUGCGGCCUUUAAUCCUUGGAGCUUGUGCCAUUCCAUAUGGCAUCAGGGAUCUGCCUUUUGGGGACAUGAACAAAUUGUGAAGCUGCUUAAAAGCCGCUGGAUCGUUUGUGCCUCCUCUGUCGCCAAAGGCAACGACUACGUUAGUAUGAAGCGAAAAGUUACUGUAGAUGCCUGUCCAACCUAGAACAGUGGUUCGUUCGGGUCUUCCCGUCGAUCACCUCUGGACUAAACCCAACCGCUUCCUCUCAUAUAUUUUCCCACAUAUUCCUUUUCUGUGGAAACAGUUUUAUCAAUUCUUCUCCGUGCUUCUGUGUUUUGUAUCCAUUCUCC